UAUACCUAAUGUCUUUUAUAUACGCGUUAAAUAUCGUUGGACUAGGGUUUCAAUAAAGUUACGACCAAAAAAAACCUAUAAACACGACACCGCCGUAAGGCGAUUCGGUGACGUUAUUCAAAAUGGCCGCAACCAUGACAGGAUGCGGUGUUGCGUCAAUAAGGAGUAUAUUUGGACUUGUUCAUCCGAGGUUGGCGACAGUAGCCGUUGGUCCUCAGCAGCUGUGUUGCCUCCACACCAGCACUACCCUAGAAACAAAGAACUGGGAGAGGAGGAACAAGAUUGUUUAUCCGCCUCAGCUGCCCGGCGAGCCUCGCAGACCAGCCGAGAUCCAUCAUUCAAGGAGACAGAUCAAGUACAGUAAAGACAAGAUGUGGUACCUGGCUAAAAUGAUCCGAGGAAUGAGCAUCGACGAGGCCGUGGCGCAGUUGCAGUUCAACGACAAAAAAGGGGCCAAGAUCAUGAGAGAAGUGCUCCUGGAAGCUCAGGAGAUGGCAGUGAAGAAUCACAACGUGGAGUACAAGUCCAACCUGUACGUAGCCGAGUCUCACACGGGCAAAGGCAUGUACCUGAAGCGCAUCCGCUACCACGGCAGAGGCAUGUUCGGCAUCAUGGACAAAGUCUACUGCCACUUCUUUGUCAAACUGGUGGAGGGCCCGCCGCCCAUCACGGAGAAGAAGACCAGCCUGGACCAGGCCAAUGAGUACGUGCAGCUUCUCAAGAGGAGGACGGUCAUACACAGUCUGUAGACCACCCGUUCAAUAUGUGUGUGUUUUUGGCAAUCAUUUUUGUAAAUAAAUCACUCGAGACACUCUUA